CCUAAAGCAGAGACAAUGCAAACAUCUAGUAGUGAUGACCCAAGCUACAGUCAGAGCUCUCCACCUCGGGGUCGCAGGGCUCGAUGGAAAGGAGUUUAUCGAGGCCGUUGGGGGGUUGCGGACAGCUGUUCCUUCAGUGGGGUACAGUCUAAUCCAGAAGAGCAAAACUCAGGGGAGACCAAAAAGGAAAACCGAGUUAUUGUCCUGUAUCUGGAUCUAUCUUUUCUUUUGCUUCUAGAACUCAAGAAAAUGAGUAUGACACGUGGGUGCCUACUCUGCAUCAAAAUCACUAUGUUCAUCUUUAACCUCAUCUUCUGGCUUGGAGGAUGUGGGAUCCUUGGAGUUGGAGUCUGGUUGGCUGUUACCCAGGGAAAGUUUGCCACCCUGUCCAUUUCUUUCCCGUCACUUUCAGCUGCCAGCCUCUUCAUGGUGACAGGAUCAGUGAUAAUGGUGGUGGGCUUCAUUGGGUGCCUUGGUGCCGUGACAGAACACAGAUGUCUUCUCCUCACAUUCUUUGUGGUGUUACUGAUCAUCUUCCUCCUUGAAAUAAUCAGCAUGGUGCUAUUCUUCACAUACAAUGACAAUUUCCACAGAUAUGCACAAGAGGACCUAAAGAAAGGACUAUCACUCUAUCAGACGGAUGGUAAUCUUGGUUUGACCAAUGCGUGGGACAUCGUACAGACAGAGUUCCGAUGCUGCGGAGUGAAGAAUUACACUGACUGGCUGGAAAUGCGGAAUAGUUCACUUGUGCCCCACUCCUGCUGUAUGGAACACAGCGCCUCCUGCCAAAGCAACCCCAGCACCUGGUGGACAGAACCCUGCUAUGAGAAAGUGAAGCGAUGGGUCGGGAAUAACAUUUCCUCUGUUGGGAUCUUCGGCAUCUGUAUUCUUGUUGUGCAGGUAUUUGGUUUGAUCUUCUCCAUGUUGAUGUACUGCCAAGUUAUCAAGGCGGAAAAGUAUUAUGAAUAAUCCCAGAUGUUGUGAAGGAGUUCUCAAGAUGAGCCCCAUGCUGUUCUUCCAUAUGCUAGUAUGACUGCCCAUAUACUUCCAACUGGAUGAAGGACUAUCGUCAAGCUUACUUGGAACUGCAAGGCUGAAUUCAGCAUCUUCUCUCUCCGCCAGGGCCAGUGUCUGUUCUACCUUAACUUCCUUCGACACUGAACCAUGAAUGAAAUUCUUGCCCUUGAGCAGCUCAACUUAAUCAUGUAACAAUGAGUACAUCAUAUCAGCUUUCAUAAUCCAGCUCCAAUAUGUACAUAGAGCUUCUGAACUCUGCAAGGAGGAAUAAGGGCUUGUCUUCUUCUUUUUUUUAAAGCACCAAAGGCAUUAAA